AUGGGAGCUUUUCCGGAAGACUAUGAGGUUCGUGUCUGUAAACUCAUCCAGUUAUGGGUUGCUGAGGGAUUUUUAAAGCUACAUGAUUUCGAAGUCUUGGAAGAGGUUGCAGAGGAGUAUCUUGCAGAUCUUAUUAAUAGAAAUCUUAUUUUGGCCCACAAGAAAGGGUCUAACGGGAAAGUUAAAACAUUCAACACAAUUCAGCAGCGCCGCCUGAGUAUUAAUCCAAAUGUUGUAAAAGAUAAUGAAGAUAUAGUUUCAUUGAGGACAUUCACUCCGGAAUCUAGAGACAUUAAUUGUUUACUCGCCGCAACAUCAAUUGCCCAACAUAGCGUGGGAACUAGGGAAUAUGCGACAGUUAAGGCAUCUCAAGUUGGUUUGAAUUUUCCUGCCCUUUUCAGUAAACUCGAAAAUUUAAAAUUGGGCUUUCAAUCUCCGUCAGACUUCACCUCCCUGCGGAACAUUAAUUUACCUCCAAGUCUCAAAAAGAUAUCUUUGAAUGGUUGUAGAAUUCCUUGGGAGUUUUUUUCGAUUUUCAAUUCGGUGCCCAAUCUAGAAGUGCUGAAGUUACAUUAUGCCUUCAUAGGCCCAGAGUGGGUACCAACUGAAGGGGAACUUCCCAAACUAAAAUUCCUGCAAAUUUGGGGGACCAAUUUGGUUUACUGGAGAGCUGAAGAUAACCAUUUUCCAAGCCUUGAGCACCUAGUCCUUAGGAAUUGCUCGAAACUUGUAGAAAUCCCAUCUAGUAUUGGAGAAAUUCCAAGCCUUGAAACAAUUGAGAUGGAUGACUCUAGUCCAUCAGCGGUGGAUUCGGCAUGUCAGAUACUGGAGGAGCAACUGAACCAGGGAAAUGACUGCCUUCAACUUGUUGUCUAUCCACGCAGAUCCGAAUUCUAA